AUGAAGCACCCUCACAAGUACCUCGAUGAGACCUUCAACACCAAGGAGAACUUCGAGAACUAUGGCAUCGCCGAGUACCGCAAGGAUCCACCCUAUUACCACUUUAGUGUCUACGAGUACGACCCCGAAACCACCGUGAUUAUGAAGCAAAACGUCUUCCUACGCUUUAUGUCCUUGUGUUACAUUCAGCUCCGGGCGAUUCAGUAUCUGCAGGGCGACCACACCUUCACCAACGUUAGCCGUGACCACCUUGAGCUCCUUCGACAGCAACGGCGAGAACGUCAGUCGGCGCUCUGA